AUGGCAGAACAGGUAGUGCGCAGCACCUUCACCAUCUUCGCCCAAACGGCUCUACCACUAAUUCUCGCCUUCGAACUCUUCCUGGGCGGGCAGGCACGUCUAACCGACCGCAUUACCCCCGGCCUCCACAAACAGGCCUCGCGCAAAGCAUCCGGCUACUACAGAUGGCUCAACUUCCUGCCCGUCGACGACGCGGAGACUUUCCAGCAUGUCAUUGGCGGGCUCAUGAUCUUUGCCGGCAUCUUGAUCUGCGUCCCUCCCAUGCGCGCGAUGGGAACUUUGUUGAGUAUGGCGUUGAGCGGAGGGGGUGUGUAUAGUCAUCGGAAGAUGGGCGUGCCGUAUUGGUUGCCUGCUGUUAAUACGGCGAUUGCGGUUGUCAUUCUAUGGCAGCAUGAGUUGCUUGCGCCGGAGAAUGUGCAGUAUCAUGGAGAUGAGCUGUGA